GAUUGCAUUGCUUGCUUGCUGCUUUUGUGAUCUAUUUGCAUGCUUUUUGUAAUCUCUUUAAACGUUUACUUUUCACUUUGGUAUUGCUUCUUGAGAGAAUUGUGAAUCUGUGAUGUGAUUUGACCAAUGUUCUGAAAACCGGACCUACCGGCCGGUCGAACCGGUUAAACCGGGAAACCGGUAGAAAAAACGGUCCGGUCCAGCAUGCAAAACCGCAAAAUUAAAAACCGUUCAAGAACCGAUGAAUCGGCCGGUUACCGGUAGGUCGGACCGGACCGGAACCCGGCCGGUUUACAUAAAACGACCUCGUUUCCUUCCUUAAAAGAGAAAAACUUGCACGCGUUAUCUCCCAUUCCCCCUUCUCCAACUCCUUCCUUCAGCAAACCCUAGCCUCCACCAAAGAAAGCAAACCUAGUCUCCACCAAUAGUUGUCGCCGUCUGUCGGAGUGAGAGACUGCUGCCUCCGUCCAUCGCACUCAAGAACUUCCGUCUUCGUGCUCUCGGGCCUCUCGCCGGAUCCUCCACGUCGGGUGCUCGCAUCUCGCCGUUCUCCUCUGUGCUCGGCUGCUCGCGCCUCCCUCCGCCAGUGAGUGCUCGAGCUGUGCGUGUUGGUUGCUGCUCGAUUCUGCCUCCCAGUCUCACUCGAGUCUCGUCUCAGUCACUGGCAUCUCGUGGUUCGUCUGUCUCGUCGCCGGCGGCAGAAGCAACUCGUGGGGUUGUCUCUUGCUUCUUCGCCUUCCGUGGGGUGGUCGCCGACUCGCCGUCGACCGUUGUGGUGGAAGAGGAAGUUCUUUUGAUAUGAGGAACGACAGGGAAAGAACAAGAGGACGUGGCAGUGGCCGUGGUGGUGGUGGCAGCUCCGGGAAGGAUAAAAUUGAUGCUCUUGGUAGGCUCCUGACGAGGAUUUUGCGUCAUAUGGCAUCUGAAUUGAACUUAGAUAUGCGAAGUGAUGGUUAUGUCAAAGUUAAUGAUCUGCUAAAGCUGAAUAUGAAGACAUUUGCUAAUAUUCCAUUAAGAUCCCACAAUGUUGAUGAUGUUAGGGAGGCCGUUCGAAAGGAUAAUAAGCAACGCUUCAGCCUUAUAGAAGAGGAUGGGGAGCUACUUAUACGAGCUAACCAAGGCCAUACAAUAACGACUGUUGAAACUGAAAGCUUGUUGAAACCAAUCCUUUCAGCUGAAGAAGUUCCAGUUUGUGUGCACGGAACCUACAGAAAAAACUUGGAUUCAAUUCUAGAAUCCGGCCUCAAGCGCAUGAAGAGAUUGCAUGUUCAUUUCUCUUGUGGUUUGCCAACAGAUGGAGAAAUAAUAAGUGGUAUGAGGCGAGAUGUAAAUGUUCUGAUCUUUUUAGAUGUUAGAAAAGCAUUGGAGGAAGGUAUGAAGCUUUUCAUUUCUGACAACAAGGUUAUCUUGACAGAAGGUUUUGAUGGAGUUGUACCCCCCAAGUAUUUCCAAAAGAUAGAAUCUUGGCCCGGUAGACAACCUAUUCCUCUCCAAAAUAAUUUGUUGUAGUUGUUUAUUGCUGGUUUAGGAUUACAGUGUGUGGAUUACUGCUUGCCUGAUUGGUUGUGUAAACAAUGGCAGUUUUUUCAGUCUUUACCACCGUUAUUUGGACUUUCUUAUUAGAAAUUCAAUUAGUCCGGCUUGAGAAACUGUCAUUGUUUCUUCAGCAUGGAUGUUUUAUACACUUGUUAAAUUUAAAACAAAAUGGUUAGGACUCUGGACUUGAAAUGGUUAAGUCUAACUUAUCCUAUGAAUUGUUAAUAAAGUUUUUCCGAAGUUUCAAGUUU